AUGUCUGACAAGGUUAACGGGAUGGACUUAACCCCACCUGAUUCUUCCACUCCAAAGACUUCUCCUAAUGACCAGCGAGAAUCCCAGGAGGUUGCUAAAACUCCGACAAGCUCAAUUGAUGAGGACUCCAGUGUUGAAGAGAAGAAGCCAAGCCCGUCUAGUGACAAAAAAGUCCACUUUCCGCAAGACGGUAAACUUGUGCAUUCAGUCUUCGAAGGAGGUGAAGCCUGGAGGUUGGAUCCGUCCGUGCCAAAUGAGGAAGUAAUUGAUCGUUAUGCUGCACAUGCCUACUCCCUGGAUAGGAAGCCGAUAUCCUCCAUCAUUGAACAGCUCUCCAAAAUGACCAUUCCCUUUGCUCUGUGCGCCUUCGCCGCCUUCGUCUUUAAGGGAACUCAGCUCGCCCUUCCAGACAUCGAAGCCUUGGAGGAAAUCUUUAAGUACUGUCAUGCCACUCACCUUAGUUUUGAAAAUACAAAUUUGGAGAGAAAGGUAUAUUUCUACUUGGAAUUUUCUGUUACCGGCGUUAUUGCCUCUUUUCCGUAA